UCGGUCGGUCGGUCGGGCGGUUUUGGUCUUGGAGUGUGAAUUGUCUGCGGGCGGGCCCGGCACACACACAUUGAUCUCUCCAUAGAGACUGAGGAGUGUGGGCAUUACUACAGCUGCGUGCAGAGACACAGGGGGGCUGCCGGCAGGAGGAGGAGGAGGGGCCCCCGGGGGCCACAGGGCUCCCCUCAUCAUCUCCCAGCAUGGAGGGGCCCCGGGACCCCGACACCGAGAGGAGACACUCCGACCUCUUCAGACUGCUGGACUCCAACCAGGACGGACAUGUGGAUAUCGCCGAGCUCAGAGCCGGGCUGGAGGCCCUGGGGGUCCGGGGAGGAGAGGAGACCGGGAAGGAGAUCCUGCGAGUCGGAGACACGGAUCAGGACGGGCAGCUGAGCUUCGAGGAGUUCACCCGAUAUCUGGUGGAGAGAGAGAAACGUCUGCUCAUCAUGUUCAACAGCUUGGACAGAAACAAAGAUGGUCGCAUCGACGUGUCUGAAAUACAGCAGUGUUUUCAGAGCCUUGGGGUCCAUAUCACACCAGACCAGGCCCACAAAAUCCUGCUAAGCAUGGACCGUGACGGGACGCUGACCAUUGAUUGGCUGGAAUGGAGGGAUCAUUUCCUGCUGAAUGCGCUGCACAAUAUGGAAGAGGUCAUCACUUAUUGGAAGCAUUCCACAGUGCUGGAUAUAGGCGAGUCACUGGCAGUUCCGGAUGAGUUCUCAAAGAAGGAGAUCCGCUCUGGUAUGUGGUGGAAGCAGCUCCUGGCAGGAGGUGUGGCAGGAGCCGUGUCAAGGACAGGAACCGCCCCCCUGGACAGGCUGAAAGUCUUAAUGCAGGUACAUGGAUCAAAAUCUCACGGGAUCUCCAUGUUGAGGGGAGUGAAAGCAAUGAUAGAAGAAGGUGGAUUUCGCUCGCUAUGGCGGGGGAACGGUAUAAACGUACUGAAAAUAGCUCCUGAGUCUGCUAUCAAAUUCAUGGCGUAUGAGCAGAUAAAGAAGGUCAUCCGUGGUCAGCAGGAAACGCUGAGGGUCCGAGAGAGGUUCAUUGCUGGGUCAUUGGCCGGAGCCAUCGCACAGACGGUCAUAUAUCCUAUGGAGGUACUGAAGACUCGGUUGGCUCUCCGGCACACUGGUCAGUUCUCUGGGAUGACAGAUUGCGCUCGACAUAUCAUGCGUACUGAGGGGUUGAGAGCGUUCUCUAAGGGCUACCUACCAAACCUGCUGGGUAUCGUGCCAUAUGCGGGCAUUGAUUUGGCAGUGUAUGAGACUCUGAAGAACACAUGGCUACAGAGGUACAGAGCUAGCAUCAGUGCUGAUCCAGGAAUACUGGUACUGUUGGCUUGUGGGACUAUAUCCAGCACAUGUGGGCAAAUUGCCAGUUACCCGUUGGCCCUGGUCAGGACACGUAUGCAGGCACAAGCCACAAUCCAGGGCGCUCCGCAGCUCUCCAUGGUAGCUCUGUUCCGGUAUAUCGUGGCUCAAGAAGGGUUCCUGGGCUUGUACCGAGGGAUUGCUCCAAACUUCAUGAAGGUGAUACCGGCGGUCAGCAUUAGCUAUGUGGUGUAUGAGAAUAUGAAACGUGUGCUGGGUGUGACUAGUCGAUGAAGAAGGCACCACCACUCAACCCUCAACCCUCCACCAGUUUAUCCAGGCACACAGAAGAGCCUGUAGAGCUUUGUCCAGAAUUGUCUGCUAUCCGUGUUGAAGGGCUACAUCCUAAUAUCGAUUCACAAGAAUGGGAAGUUAUGGCACCUUCAGAAUGCAACCGGGCUCGGGUUCAGUAUCCAUAUUCAAAGGUCUCCCCCAUUUUCAGUGUGUUUUUAUAUUCCCGACAUCAUUCAGCGUGAAGACUUUAGUGAUGUUGGAUAUUGUUGCAUUUUAAUGAUGCUUCGGGGAAGUUGAUUUUCUGAAAACCACCACAGAGUCAGAAGAACAUUGAAUGUGUCGUUUUUUAAUGAUUGUAUAUUUUGCAUGUAAGGGCAUUUUUGGCUUUUUUUUUCUUAGAAGGUCGGAAGUAUUUUUCCACUAGCCUGACCGGCCUUUUUGUGAAUGUAAUGAAGCAUACACUGAAUGUA